GUCUCGGAUUUCCUUUCUAUUUACGUUUGCUAAGAAACAAAAAGUCGCAAAACGUAAAAAGCCGAACUUGUCUGACCCUUUGCGUGUAGUGGGUUUCGCAUCGUGAAAUCCUGUUAGAUAGAUGAGAUCUGUUGAAAGCAUAGAAGAAAAUCCUUUUGCGUUCGUAACUUAGGGUUCAUUUUCGAGGGAUCGUCGGAUUGUUGUGCGUAGUGGGAAACUCCUAUAUUAGGCGUUAAUACCUAUAGGGCGGUUUGUGUGGAGAGAUCAGACACUGGACUGACGUCAGAUCCGUUUCCCUAGCAACCAUCUUGAACUCCCGCCUCUCUUUUGCUCUCCCCCUCUACGGGGAUUCGGGAGCGUGGUGCACGGCACAAGCCAUUGGAGCGAGCAUUUCAGUGAGUGAUUGCCCUGCCAACGGUCAACACGCGUGCCAUAUCACUGGCGUGAUAAAAGAAGGUAGGGGAGUAAACACUUCAAGGGAAAAAAAAAUAGGAAACAACAAACGGGGGGAUUUCUUCUUUGCUCCCUUUCCGUCGAGUGGUGAUGCAUCGUGUUUUGUUGCCAUUUUGGAACCCAGGAAUGAAGAGCCUGAUCCUUGUGUAACAGCAGUUAAAAAGUCUGGCGGGAGCAUUGCGAACUGGCCAAAAAUAGUCGAAAUUGAAAUAGAGAGAACAGUGUUGUUUUUUUUGUACUAGUAUACACGGUCGAGUGCUGCAAGUUCUCGGCGCGUUCUAGUCAUCUUUCCUCGGUUUCCUCACUAUCGAUUAGAAGUGCGCACCCCCCCCCCCCCCGCCUCCUACACAUUUGGCUGUGUCUGCCUCUUUGCCGUUCAUCCAAAGAAAGAGAACAAACACUACCACGACUCACCAUCCAAAAAGGUUUUAGCAGCUAUCAAGUUCUCGUCUUAAUACCAAUCCACUGUGUACACUUGUUUGUUGAUUCUGCCCGACAAUCACGUGUCAACAAAGAGAACAUCGUCAAAAAUGCCAUUCGGACCGUCUAACCGUCACUGCACUCUUGGUCAAAACAAGCCGGUCUAUCCAACAUGGACCAGGAAUUAUAUUGUAAAUACUCGCGGAUGUGGAACAUGGCCAGGCAAUAUCGAGGCCGCUCCGAGCCGUUACGAACAGUUUGUGACUGCCAUGACCGAUGACGAACGUUUCCAGCGGGAUGUCACGCUGGGCAAACGAAUUGGUUUGUACAAAUUUCGCGGCGAGCUCGGCACUGGCAAUUUCUCCCGUGUUAAGUUAGCCUUCCACCAGUUGGCUCAUGAGCGAGUAGCAAUAAAGAUUAUUGAAAAGACUGGCAUGGACCAAAAAGCCUUAAUGAUGUUGACGAGGGAGAUUAACAAUAUGGAUACAGUGCGACAUCCGGCCAUAGUCAGGUUAUUUGAAGUGUUGGAGACGAUAUCCAAAGUUUAUUUAGUUAUGGAAGUGGCGCCGGUGGGUGAAAUGUACACACACGUAAGCGUCACUGGCCGAUACGACGAGACGUUAGCCAAGAACUUGUACAGCCAGCUUAUUUCAGCAGUCGAGUUUAUGCAUGAAAACGACCUGUACCAUCGUGACAUCAAGGCGGAAAAUGUAUUCUUAUCCUCCUCCGAUCGUGUCCGGCUUGGUGAUUUCGGAUUCUCCACAAGAAUUGUCAACACUGUCGAACACCAAAGUCAUCUUCUGACAACAUUUUGCGGAUCCCCGCCCUACGCCGCACCCGAACUCUUUUAUGACGACGCAUAUUCCGGUGCUGCUGUCGACAUUUGGGCUCUCGGCGUUCUCCUUUACUUCAUGGUGACGGCCACGAUGCCUUUUCAGGGCCAGACAGUGAAUGGACUAAAAAACGCUAUUUUAGAAAACAACUACUUCUUACCUGAGUAUUUGAGUACGUCAUGCAUGGAACUUAUUCGUGCCAUUUUGCAUCGUGAUCCAGCUGAAAGGAUAACCAUGGCUGGCAUCCGUAGCAGUGAAUGGCUUUACGGCCAGGUCAAACUCACGCCAUUGCCGAAUGUUCAAUUUGUUCCAUCCGAACGAGGGCAAGAGAGAAGUCAAAUGGAAAUAAAAGUAUUUGCACGAUUAGAAGAGCUCGGAAUUACAGAGUCCAUGGUUUUAGAGCACCGUGACAAAGGUGGUCGAAGUGAUAUUGUUGGUACUUACCGAAUACUGAUGUAUCGUGCCAGUUGUGACGAAGCAAAUGAUACCGGCAGUGAAAAACAAGAAGAAAUUCAGGAAAAUCUUUUGGUUCCUCCUACUGUUUCCAUAGCUGGAUCGUUAUCCAAAUCAAUAAAAUCUGCACUGUCUGUGAAAUCUUCACGGUCUGACAAAUCUGCUAAAAGUUCACCGAAACCUGGUCGAACUUCGUCCACUCAACCAACUACGUUAACAACUCCGUCCUCAGCUAAUGCAACAGAUCAGCAGCAAACGCCGGCUUCACCUGGCAAACGGAAAUUUAAACAUAAACUAAAUUUGUCUCUUUUGUCUAACAAAAACAAAAAUUGUUCCCCAAACGAGAAGAAAAUUGCGAAAAAGAAAAAAGGAUCGCAGGCAUGUAUCAUUUUGUAAAUUUUAAUGUUUUACGACUUGUAAUUUUUUAAGUUUUAUGGUCAUAAGAAUUUUUUUUCUUGAGUUGACAUUGCGAUUGAAAAGAGAUGGUGAAAAUCCAAAUCAAAGAAAAUAGGCUUUCUUAUUCUUUUUGUUGUUGUUAAUUGGAAAUGAAAAGAUAAUUUAUACUCGCUAUAUUUAUACAUUUAAAUAUAUACUAUAUCAACAUUAUGUUAAAACGAACCGUU